GAUCACCUUCCCAUUUGCUUCAUAGCAGAGGCCAGAAUUGGGUCUAAUGUGUAUCACUCAGAGAUGAGAUGUGUCAUUGUAGUCGCUGGACCUAGAGCUGGCAGUGCUCAUGUCAUUUGCACUGAGACAACAAUGAUGGUUGAAGUGGAAAAGUUCCAGGUCAUCAGUCUUCAUGAAGAUGAGCUGCAUCUCAAUGAUCCUGCCUGCACUCUGACUUCCAACAGCACCCACGUGAUUGGAAUCAUGUCUCUCAACUCCUGUGGGACACAAAUGGAGGAGGAUGAUGAAAACUUGAUCUUCAAAAAUGAAAUUUCAACGAUUGAUGACCUUAACAGUGUCAUAACCAGGAAGCAUGCAGUGGAGAUUGAGUUCUCAUGUGUGUAUCCGAAAAAGGGCACGGUUUCUUUGGAAUUCAGGGCACACAAAAUUCCCUAUGUGUUCACCGAGAGAGGCUUUGGCAAGUUCACCUACCAGUUUGAGUUCUUCCAUAGCAACUUGUUCAACAGAAUGGUGGACCCCAGCACUUACCCAGUGGAAGUGGCACUGAAGGAAAUGAUCUACAUGGAAAUCCUGUCAAUGUCCUCUAUCCCCAACACUGUGCUGUUUGUGGAGUCCUGCAGGGCAACCCCCAUUGAUGACCCCAGCUACCACAUAUUCUACACCAUCAUAGAAAAUGGGUGUACAGUUGAUGACACUGUGCAGGUGUAUUCAGGACAUGCAUCAGAGUUCAGAUUUGGAAUGGAAGCUUUCAAAUUCAUCGGGAUGCAUGAAGAGGUCUAUAUUAGCUGCUCCGUCAUCCUGUGCCAGGCUGGGGAUCCCUCCACAAGGUGUGCUCAGGGGUGUAGCAAUGCCACUGCUGCCCCUGCAGUGCACCACCAUGUCAGGAGAUCAGUGGCUGCCGAGACCUCCAGACACUACAUUUCCCAGGGGCCUUUGCGUCUCAAAAGGAACUCGACCAUUGCAGUGACCACUCUGAACCUCAACAUGAACCUGGUUUUCGUCACUGGAGUUCUCCUGGCUGUAGUUGCUAUGGUGUGCGGAGCAGUGCUCUUCAAAGUCAGAGGGUCAAAUGUCAAAUAUCAAGUGCUUCCAUCCUCUGACUUCUGA